AUGCCGUCCUUCUACGCUCCAGGCCACGGCCUGCCUCCCACCCCUCCCCACGUCAACAGCGGCCGCAUGGACAACGCUCCGUUCUACCAGGUAGGCCACGCGGGCUUUCCGCAUCGCUACCACCAGAGCGGUUCCGAAUUCAUCGAGCAGUACUCGCAGUCUCUGUGCUAUGCGAAACCCGCUUCGAUGAACCUGCACCCGAUGCGAGCCAGCCAGGAUCUGCGCACCAUGGGCCAGCAGCCAAUGUUCGGCACCAUGGCGACCACGCUCCCGCCCAUCCGAACCAACACCCAGCUUCCCCCCAUGGACAGCGCGAUCCCGCCACAGUACCGCCGCUCGGAAAUCGCCGCGAUGCAGCAGCAGCACCCUGCUGCUGAACAGCCCCGCAAGGACGAGAAAGCUACCGGAGGUGUCGCCGCCCACCUGGAUUACGAGAUGGAUCGCAUGUCCGACUUUGUGGCGGAAAUGGCCCAGGGAAUGUAUGAUUUGUACAAGACCAAGAUCAACCUUGCAGAUAUUGACUUCGCGCGAAGCAUCUACCCAGGAUCUUCGGUGCCCCCUCAGUUUCGGAAAUACGUCUACCAGAUUUUGUCUUCGACCCGCCUGCCAAGCUCGACAAUCCUGCUGGGUCUCUUCUACUUGUCCAGCCGGAUGCGCAUGCUCUCUGGCCAACGAGUCUUCUUCUCCGGCAAUGGCCAGGUCUACCGUAUGUUGACCGUGGCUCUGCUGUUGGGCAGCAAGUUCCUUGACGACAACACCUUCCAGAACAAGUCGUGGGCGGAAGUUAGCAACAUUCCCGUUGCGGAGCUGAACAGCAUGGAGCUGGAAUGGCUCUUCGCGUUCGAUUGGAAGAUCCACGACCGCAUUUACGACCAGCAGGAUGGCUUUGCCUCGUGGCGCGCUCACUGGGAUACCUGGCGCGCGAAGGCGAAUGCUCGGGCUCAAGAGUCUCGUCAGACCCUGGCGCCUCUGGACACCAACAUCGUCCGCAGCAACCAAGGCGCCACCAAGCCUCUGAUGUCCCCUGAGGGACCCAUCCCGCUGCAGUACCAGCGCAGUUUGCACUUGGAGAAUUCUUGGCUCAACCCGACCGCGUCCGAGUACUCGCCCCCGUCCGCCCCCCACAGUGGACCCAACACCCCCGACUACUAUUCAGUUGGGCCCUGGGCGUAUUCGAACCCGCCGCCGCCGUACUCGCGGGCCUGGAUUGCGCCCCCGCCGCAGUACAUACCGCCGUCUGCUCCCCGGUCGCAACCUCCGUCCUACCAUCAUACUCCCGCAUAUGGUCUGCCCUUUGCGCAGAGCGUGUGGACAGGUCACGGUUCCUCGUGCGGUUGCAUGUAUUGUGCCAAGCAUGUAGAGAACUACAUGUGCAACAAUGCCUUCCCCUCCCUGCAACCCAUCCUUGCUGGUUAA